AUGUCGGAAAAGGCCAACACAGAAAAGCCUCCAGAGAGCCCAACGACCGCGCGUGAGCUCGACUUUGACGACGAUAACGAUGCCCCAGCUGCUUCAGCCGCCGAGCAUACUGGAUCACCGCCUCCUGCCUCCAAGUCGCCCAAGCCUGGCGUGCGCUUCAACGAAGAGGCAACUGAGAUCCCUCCCCAGAAGCCCCCCCGGCCCGUCGACCCCCAGGUGCAGGCACAGAAUACGCUGAUCGAAGCUUUCCCCACCGUCGACAGCAAUGUCAUCAAGGCCGUGCUAGUCGCCAGUGGAGGCAAAGUUGAGCCCGCCUUCAAUGCACUGCUGAGCAUGUCGGAUCCCAACUUCAAGGCAGAAGAAGCGCCUCCACCACAGCCACCACGACCCCAGCCCCGCAGUCAGCUCGAGCAGGACGAGAUUUUUGCGCGCCAACUCGCUCAGCACUACGAGAGCCAGGGUGGCUCUGGCCCCCAACGGCCACGACAGCAGGGAACCCGCCAGCGGCAGGGCGAGUCUGAGCGCGAGUACAGCUUCUUCGAUGACGACCUCCCUGAGAUCCGCAAGAACAUUGAGCAAGGCUUCAAGGAGACACAGCAGACAGUUACCAAAUGGAUCAGCAACUUCACAAAGAAGCUCGACGGCGAAAUGGAAGAAUACGAUCGGUACGGUAACCCCCAAUACACGGGCCGAACCGCGCCCCCACAACAGCGACAGAACUUUGGCCCCUCGCAGUCCGAUCAGAUGCACGGUAUCCGCAAGUCAGCCGAGCAGCGGAGGUCGGCAGACCACAACCGUUACGACGCUGACAACCGGGUCAUUGGCGACGACUUUGCCAAGCUGGAACUGCGGGACAAUGACUCAGUGCCCCAGCGAUCCUCGAGUCGCCCUCAUGCUAACCCCGAUCUCUUCAAACCGACACCUGUCUCACCUCCCCAGAGCGGUCCUGUUGACGAGGUUGACGCUCUCUACCGCAACCCAUCACCCAGCAACCCGGGGAGCCAAGGAAAGUCAGGCGGCAAGAAGUGGCAGCCUCUGACAUCUGUAGCGCCGAACCCAGAACCAGAUGAGCAUGAUCCCUUUAGUCUUGGCGAUAGCGACGACGAUGAAAAGGACGCGAAGAAGCAGGACACCAACCCUGCCGAUACCGAGAGACUGAAGAAUGCCGCUCAGAGCAGUGGUGAAGCCCCUCCACCAGGAAAGCUCAAGCCUGCAGAGAGAAGUGGCAGCGUGAGCCAAAAAGACGCUACUGCAGAGGCAUUGCUCAAAGAGGCCAAAUAA